UGGCAACACUGCUAUCAGCUGUCUCGUCUGUACAGUGGCAAAACAAUGUCUGUUUACGUAAAGAGACUCUUCCCGUAUUUUAGUCGAAAUGGAAGUGUUUUAUGUAGAAAUAUAAAAGUAGGUAGUGAGAGGUAUGGUUUAGAAGGGCAGAGCGUGUUGAGGUGUGCAGCUACAGUGAAAUCACCGCCGCCUAAGCCAUCAUCAUGGAGGAGAUAUGGCAAAUUAGUUGGUAUGGGGUUCGGUGUAGGCGCCUUGGCUACUGGCGUCUACAUGUACGACAUUUACAAGAGAGUUACAACCCCGAUAGCAAACCCAUCUGAGGGAGGUGAAUAUGUCCUACGAGAGGCACCGCCUUCUUUCACCCCUUCAAGAAGAAUUCAGGUGCCAACAGACACUACAGGAUUGAAGAUAACGCUCUUUCAGUACCAGACAUGCCCAUUUUGCUGUAAAGUAAGGGCAUUCCUGGACUACUUUGGAUUUUCUUAUGAUGUUAUUGAAGUCAACUCGGUCACGCGCACGCAAACAAGGUGGACGGAUUAUCGCAAAGUUCCAUUCCUUGUUGUACAGAUUCCCAAUACUGAUGUGAUAUUACAACUCAAGGACAGUACUAUGAUUAUAUCCGUGCUUCAGUCUUUUCUGGAUAACAAUACGUCAAAUCUACCAGACCUAGUGAAGUGUUAUCCAACUAUGGUGUACACAGAUGAAGAAGGAGAAAAACGUAUUGAGAUUAUGAAUCGUUACUUUCUAAUGUACGGGCAGCAUCCUUCUGGACGCACUAAAGAAGAUAUUGUAGAGGAACGUAAGUGGAGGAAGUGGGUGGAUGAUGUGUUUGUACAUGUUCUCUCACCAAACGUAUAUCGAACUACAAAGGAAGCAUUCCAGGCAUUCGAGUGGUUCUCUAAGGUUGGCGACUGGGAGGAACACUUUGCAACAUGGGAGCGGUUAUUGGUUGUUUAUGUUGGUGCAGUUGCUAUGUUUCUCAUUGGCAAGAAUUUGAAAAGAAGACAUCAGCUAAAAGAUGACGUUAGAUGCUCAUUUUAUGAAGAAACUAAUGUUUGGCUCAAAGCCCUGAAAAAGAAAGGUACAAAGUUCAUGGGUGGAGACCAGCCCAAUCUCUCAGAUCUUGCAGUAUAUGGGAUAUUGACUGCAGUUGAGGGGUGUGAUGCUUUUCAGGACCUUAAAAAUAAUACAAAAAUUACUCCAUGGUUUGAACGCAUGAAGGAAGUUGUCAUACAGCAUGGAGGAGCUACAUCUACAGGUGAAAAAGGAAGUGCAGCAUAAUGGAAAUUAACAUUAACCCGAGAUAUCAAUUCCUUUAGUUUUGAAAAUAAUUUUGAAGCCUUCCUAAAUGUACUGCAUUGUACACUAUAUCCACUGCAGGGGUAUAUGUUGAAAUAAGAUUGCUGACUAAUGAUUUUUAUUUGUUUACAGUAAUGUACAGAACAGGGAGUAUUGAAUAUAUAUGUGAUCAAAUGCAUUUUUCACAUAAGUUUGACAUUAGUAUUUGUGGAACUGAAGCAUCUCAAAAAUCCUUUGCAACCAUGGAAAGAUUAAAGAUGGUACAAGAAUCAGUGAGUAAGUUUUAAGGAGAAUGGUAGCAGUGUAGAGCAACAAAUAGGCCAUUGCUAAUAUCUUGUGUUGGCAUUUUCAAUGAAGUAAUGUGGUCAUGUAAGAAUUUUAAUUUAAUAACCAAGAUAGAAAUGUUGUCCAUAUUAUAGAAAAUAAUGUUUAUACCAUUGGUGAAGUUUCAAUAUUACAAUUCACCCUACAGUAUGUAAAGGUAAAAUAUUUAUGGUAAAAAAUUUUGGCAUCAACCUAAUGACAUAAAAAAAAAAAGUGUAAAUACAAUUUUAUAUUUAU